AUGUUGGUUGGCAUCUGUGGAGGUAUAUGUGCUGGGAAGAAGUCUGUAGCUGAUUUUCUGGUAAAGAACCAUGGCUUCCAGCAGAUCAGUGUCGCUCCAGGAAACCAUCAAACCGUAGUCGAGGAGCAGUUUGAACAGCUCUCUCUCACCAGCUCGCCAAACCCGUCAGCCCAGUCUUUCGAGACCAUUGACGAGCUAAUCGACUUUGUGACUCCAAGAUGGCGUGAGCUCUGGGUCACCACAGAUAUACCGGAUGAUGCAGCGUUAGAGCGCCUACUUUUGCGCCCUUUCUUCCUGCUGAUUAGUGUUGAUGCUCCUAUUACUCUACGCUGGCGCCGGUUUACCGAUAGAUGUUGGAGAAAACAGCUAGAACCUCCAGACCUAGAAAAGUUCGUGCUGAUAAGCGAUCAUAGCCAGUAUGACCCCAAAAUUGGUAUUUCGUACCUACUGGACCGAGCCCAUGUCCGGCUAUUCAAUACAUCUUCUUCAUUGAACGAGCUGCAUGCCGCAUUGAACUCCCUGGAUUUGCUUAAUAUGCAACGGUUAAGGCCUGCCUGGGAUCAGUACUUCAUGCAGCUGGCGUCAUUGGCGGCACAGCGAAGCAAUUGUAUGAAACGGCGGGUCGGCUGUGUUAUCGUCAAAGAUAACAGAGUCAUGUCUACAGGUUACAAUGGGACCCCGCGGAACAUGAAGAAUUGCAACGAAGGCGGCUGUAUGUCCAUCUACUACCUCCUUCCUGGAUAG